CAGACCACAAAUAUAAAGAGCACUGAACUCAUACCAGGGCGAGCCCUUCUGCUCACCACCAAGUGGCACAACUCAGAAAGAUUCACUCUACUCAACAUCUAUGCACCCAAUGACUAUGGAGAACACCCAGAUUUCUGGGACAAAGUAACUACUGCUCUAAUACAAGCCGGAAAUCCCCAAGUUGACUUUAUGGUGGGAGACUUUAACAUAGUUGAGGAAGCCCUCGACUGCUCACCACCGCGCCUGGACCCGACUGGUGCUACAAAUGCACUACGUGCGUUCCGAUUACACUUCGGACUGGUCGACGGUUGGAGACAUGAUAACCCCACAGAAAGAGCGUACACAUACACCAGCAGCUCACACCACUUCUCAUGCAUAGACCGAAUAUACACACGUAUCCCCCACCUCCCAAAUAUCCGGGACUGGACAAAAGGACCCUCAGAGAUCCCAAGUGACCACAGCAUGCUCUCGCUACGCUUCUCGCCAACCAAUGCAACCUACAUUGGGCCAGGCCGCUGGACUUGGCCACUGGGACUUCUCCAUGACAGUGACCUACUGGCGGAGGCAAUAGAGCUCGGCAUGACACUUCAGGAGAAACUCCAGAGUGUCACAUUAGCACGCAAUAAUGGACACAAUGCACAGAUCCUCUGGGAAGAUUACAAAACCCAGAUUACACAAAUCUGCAAGAGGCAUGCAAAGGUCACGCUAGCAAAAAUAAACCGCCGCAUCACCCAGCUGAAGAAAGACAUAUCCCGCACAACUAACAGGACAGAUAUGGACACUGCAGAAGAGGUGCGCUCAAAUGCGGCCUUCCUCCAA